UCUGAAGUGAGCUUUUGAUGUAAAACGUUCACUGAUAUUUUUUAAAAUUCAUAAUAUGUUGAAAGCCAUUUUUCUGUUGUGUUCGACUGGAUUGGUCGUAGUAAACUGUGAGAAUGUUUACAAAAUAGUAAAAACAAAAAGCGGCCCAAUCCGUGGACUAGUGCAAAAAACAUUAUGGUACGAAGAAGAGUAUUAUUCUUUUAGGGGUAUUCCCUACGCCAAACCACCGGUUGGCGGACUUCGAUUUAAGGCUCCUGAGCCAUUCGAAGUGUGGACAGAUCCAUUUGAUGCAUUUAGAUACGGAAGAAUGUGCUCACAAAUACAAAGAGACUCAUUAACAACCAGCGAAAAUUGCCUAUUUUUGAAUAUAUUCACACCAGACACGACGGGAAGAGGAAAGCUCCCUGUAAUAUUUGUGAUACAUGGUGGACUUUACGCAGCUGGAUCUGGAGACGAUAGUAGGUGGGGUCCUGAUUUCUUUAUCGAAAAUGAUGUAAUCGUUGUAACCAUAAACUAUCGGCUUGGGGCCAUGGGCUUUAUGUCAUUAGGAAGUUCUGAUUACUCUGGAAAUAUGGGAAUGAAAGACCAGCAGCUUGCUUUGAAAUGGAUUCAUGAUAAUAUCGAUGCGUUUGGUGGUGACAACAACCGAAUAACUAUUUGCGGCAUAAGCGCUGGAUCAAAAUCGAUUGGUUUUCAUUUGUUCAAUAAAGAAUCUUCAAAAAAUUUUAAUCAAAUACUCGGAAUAAGCGGAGUAGCAAAUGCAGCUCAAGCUUAUCAAAAAGGCGACCAUAAAUGCUUGAUGCGGAUUUUUUUCCAAAAACAUAAUUCAAGAUGUCCGCACAGCGAUGAUGAGUUAAUUGAAUUUCUUCAAAAUGUUGAUGUGGAUAAAAUCAUAAAAUUCACCGAGGAAACUAUUCAUUGUCAGGCAUCGCCUUGGAAUCCAAUCGUUGAAAAAUCGGAUGCAAAAAGUCCAUUCCUUCUCGAAGAUCCAGAACAAUUACUAAAACAUGCCCAGAGUAUCAAUAAAACUGCAUACUUUACAUUUGCUCGAUAUGAACAACUAUACUUUACCGGAGGAACAAAUUAUACGGAUCCAAAAGAUAUCGAAGAAUUGUUGAGAGAUUUCUUCAUUACUUUGCCAAUCUUUGGAUACAGUUCAAUCAUUGCAAAGAAACCAUAUCUCCGAGAUUUAAUGGAUGAAGUCCGCAGUUUUUAUUUUGGCAAGGCAACCACCGAAGAUGAAGUUUUCAAGCAACGGCUGAUCAUGGACUCCGAUAUACAUUAUGUAUACUUCAUUGAAAAAUGGUUAGAACAACACGUAGCUGUUUCUCAUCAAAAGACAUUUUAUCAGCGAUUUUCAGCUUAUACGAAAAUCAAUGAAAGAAAUUUUCGACAUGGAAAGUACCACAUUGGCAGCCAUGCAGAUGAAAAUUGCUAUGCAUUCCGGUGUCGCGCAAUUACAAACUUGUACAAGGAAAUAAUGGAGAAAAAAGACAUUGACGUGCAAAGUGCAAUAGCUUUUAGGAUAUUGCAUAAUAUGCAAAAAUUAUUUUCCAACUUUGUGACUUAUGGAAAUCCCAUCCAUAAUGGCAAUCCAACGAAAAACUUUCUUCCACUUAUGUUGAACAAAGCGAGUAUGUUUAACUUUGUUGAUGUAACAAACGAUGGUUUAAGCGCGGGAAUCGCGCCAAAUGCAAAUCGAUCGAAAUUCAUCGACUAUGUUGUCAACGAGGUAAAACGAUUAGUUGAAAUACAUGGAGAUACACCGAGUAAAACGCCAAUUCAACAGAUGUGCGAUGAAAUGCUGGAAUCAACAUCGACCGAAACCUGUUCAUUAUCAUGAACAGGAGACGAGUCACAACAUUAAAAAACCAUGAAAUUUGACAAAUUCUAUGAAUGAUGAAAAAAGCACAUGAAAACAGUUGUUAUUAAUCACAAUAAAUACACCAAAAAAUAAAGAUUAAACUUUUCAGUAUA